AUGGAGUUGCCAGAUGAGGAUACUAUACGUAUACUGAUCACCACGGAUAACCAUGUUGGCUACAAUGAGAAUGAUCCCAUCACAGGAGAUGAUUCCUGGCGUACUUUCCAUGAAAUUAUGAUGCUAGCUAAGGAAAACAACGCUGAUAUGGUUUUGCAAUCUGGUGACUUGUUUCAUGUGAAUAAACCUUCCAAGAAAUCUCUUUACCAGGUUCUCAAGACACUAAGAUUGGCAUGCAUGGGAGACAAGCCUUGUGAGUUGGAGUUACUCAGUGAUCCAUCUAAAGUAUUCAAUUAUGAUGAGUUCACAGAUGUCAAUUAUGAGGACCCUAAUUUCAACAUAUCUAUACCCAUGUUUGCAAUAUCUGGUAACCAUGAUGAUGCUACAGGUGAUUCCUUACUCUGUCCGAUGGAUGUAUUGCAUGCGACUGGUUUGGUGAACCAUUUUGGUAAAGUUUUAGAAGCUGACAAGAUUAAUAUUGCACCAUUAUUAUUUCAGAAAGGUAAAACUAAGCUGGCAUUGUAUGGUUUGGCUUCUGUCAGGGAAGAGAGACUAUUUAGGACAUUCAAAGAUGGGGGAGUUACAUUUGAAGUACCAACGGUUAGUGAAAAUGAGUGGUUUAAUAUAUUAUGUGUGCAUCAAAACCAUACAGGACAUACUAAUACUGCGUUUCUACCGGAACAAUUCCUACCAGAUUUUUUGAAUUUAAUUAUAUGGGGGCAUGAGCAUGAAUGCAUACCAAAUUUCAUGCAUAACCCUUCAAAGGAUUUUGAUGUGUUGCAACCAGGAUCAUCAGUUGCUACAUCUUUAUGUGAAGCUGAAUGCAAGGAAAAACAUGUAUUUAUAGUUGAACUUCGACAUGAGACGAAACCCAAACUGAUUCCAUUAAAAUUGGAUACUGUAAGGACAUUUAAGAUGAAGACAAUUCAUUUGAAAGACGAACCAACAUUGAGACCGCAUGAUAAGGAGGCAAUAUCAAAGUAUCUUGUUGAUAUUAUAGAAGAAAUGUUGGAUGAAGCUAACCGCGAAACUAAGGAGAAACUAUUUCCUAAUAUACCAAUGGAUGAAAUUGAAUCAAUGGGAAGCUUCCCACUUCCAUUAAUAAGACUAAGAGUUGACUAUAGUGGUCCCGAUGAAAAUCCAGAAAUUAUAUAUCAAGUUGAAAAUCCAAGAAGGUUUAGCAACAGAUUUGUUGGGAAAAUAGCAAAUACCAAUAAUAUUGUACAGUUUUUCAGAGCAAAGAGGAAGCCUAUAGCCAAAACCCGUAAAGAUGGUGUGACAACUAUGGAUAUAGACAACGAAUUGCCAUUUAAUGAUGGAUCGGAAUUACAGGUAGAUGACCUAAUAGCAGAUUUACUGAAGAAGAUGAAUUUAUCUCUACUUCCAGAAAAUGGUAUGAAUGAAGCCAUGAAGAAAUUUGUUGAUAAGGAUGAAAAGUUGGCACUGAAGCAAUUUAUAGAAAAAGAAAUUCAUCAUGAAGUUGAUAUUUUAUAUAAUAAUAAGGAUUUUAUUCAUGGUGAUGAUCCGGAAGAGAUAAAGAAGUUUAUUAAAAGCGUAAAAAGAGCAAAUACAAGUGAUCAGAGCUCUUCCUUAGAUAUAAACAAAGAUGAGGCUGCUGAUCUUCUUCUUAAUGGAUAUGAUAAUGGCAUAAAUAAAUUGCCAGCAAAGUCAUCAAGGAACUCUAGACCUUCUACUCGACAAAAAAAGAAUUUGAGCAGCGAAAUUAUUGUUUCUGAGGAUGAGUUAGAAUCUGACCAUGACGCUGAUUUAAAAGGAUAUGAUGAAGACCUGAUAGAGAUUAGCUCUGAUGAGGACAACUAUCGCGAAAGGAGGAGAGUUAGGAGCACAAAACCUACUAAAAGUCCGAAGGGAUCGGCCAAAUCUAGUAAAAGAUCAGCUACAACAAGGAAAUCUGCCCGAACACCAAAAACAGAUAUUCUUGGUAGUCUGUUAGCGAAAAAGAGGAAAUAA